GAAGGAGGUCCCAUUCGGUUCCUGGGCCUCGUCACCUGCCAGCCCUGAGUGCCUCGCUGCCCGGUGCCAACUUGGAGACUUUCCUGGCCGGCCUCUUCCUGCGAGCCCCGCGCGCUGCGAUCCAGGAAGUGGAAGGCAGCGGCCCCGCGCUUCCCCACUGGGCGCGCGGCUGGCGGCGGCGCCCGGCCCGGCCCUCGGCGAGGGACAGCGCCAGCGCCACGCGGAGGUCGCCGCGUCCCCAAUCGCCUGCCCCACGAUGCGACGCGCUGAGGCGCCCGCGAGCGCCCACCCUGCCGGCCCUAAUCCAGAUGCUGGCAAAGGAGAGGGAGAAGAAGAUGAGGAGAAAGACGACAUGAGGCUUGGUCUGCCAACCACCCCGAGGAACUGCAUCCCACGCCGGGGCAUCAGUGUCUUGGAGAAGCUGGUGAAGACCUGCCCUGUGUGGCUGCAGCUAGGGCUAGGCCAGGCGGAGGCUGCUAAGAUCCUGCAGCAGGAGAUAGCUGGGAUGUUCCUGGUGUGCCGCGACAGCAGCCUGAAGCAACUGGUGCUGUGUGUCCACUUCCCUUCCCUGAAGGACAGUUCAGCUGAGGUGCUGGAGUACCCCAUCAAGGAAGAAAAGUCUAUAUUGUACCUGGAAGGCUCAGUUCUUGUGUUUGAGGACAUCUUCAAACUGAUUGCAUUCUACUGUGUCAGUAGAGACUUACUGCCCUUCACUCUACGGCUGCCCCAGGCCAUCCUUGAAGCUAGCAGCUUCCUCGAACUUGAGACCAUCUCCAACCUGGGCCUGGGUUUCUGGGACUCCUCGCUGAACUCUUCAAGAGGCCCUGCAGAGCCACUCAGAAGCCUAGCCCCUGGGACCCCUGCAUCCUCCAGCCUCCGGCCUACAACCCAUUACUCAAAUUGUUCCUGUGAAAUCGAGCUCUCGGUGGGAAAUGACCGCCUGUGGUUUGUGAAUCCUAUUUUCAUCGAGGACUGCGCUCUACCGGCUGAUCCACCUCCACUGCCUACUGGCAGCUACCCUCCACGCCCUGCGCCCGCCACCCCGGAUGCUACCUCACCCACCUCCAAGGGGUCCCCACGUCGUCCCCCACCUCCACCCCCGUUACCCGCAGUUCCUCCUACUGGCCCUGCACGGCCUCCUGUGCCUCCUGCACCGCCUGUUGGUCCUUUGCCCAACUCCCCCCUAACCCCCACCUCUCACCUUGCACCCCAUGCACCUGGCCCCCCUGGUCACUCAAACCAACCACCCAUGACAGCCUGUGAGAGUCUCCCACGUCCAGCUGUAGGCCUGGGCCCCUUUGGAGAGGAAGAGACAACGCCUGGGACAACUCUCAGCCCCUUGCACCAAGCCCCUCCCCAUCCACUACCCCUGAAGAAGGCUCUUCCAGCAGCUCCUCCCAGGAGGCGCAUUUCUGAGAGGGUAUCUCUGGAAAGCCAGAAUGUGGGGACUUCAACAGACAGGGACCACUCAGGCAUUUCUAGGACAGCCUCUCUCAACAUUCCUCCCCAGAGCACCGUAAGUAGCUUUGGGGACAGGCCUCCAAGGACCACGGAGCAAGACCGGGACACAGAAGCCAAAGCCAGCCAUGCUGACAGCAUACCAGUGCCUCCUGGGAAGGUCAAACAACCUCCCAUACCACCGCCAAGGAAGAAGCGGGUCUCCCGGCAGCUGGCCUCAAGCCUUCUCAGUCCCUUGGAGAGCCCCAUACAGGAGGCACCCUCUGAGAAACCAGCACCUGGUGCAUCUUGGGAAGGUUUGAGUCCUGCCCGGCAAGCUGGGAUGCAACACCUCCAAGUCCAGACCAGCGCCGGUCCUCAUAGCUCUCCAGAGUUCAAGGGUUCCCAGGCCUCACUCUCAGACAGCCUGGGGGUGCCGGCCUCAGCCGCUGACCAGGACUCCUACUCAACCAGCAGUGCGGAGGAAGAGCUGGAGUUCAGCAGCCCCAAUGUAAAGAAGAAGCCCUCAAUGAUCCUGGACAAGGCCCGCCAUCGCCUCAGCUUUGUCAGUUUCACCAGCGUCUUCCAUGCCUUCCUCUCCAGCGACCGCAAACUGUAUAAGAAGGUGGUGGAGUUGGCACAAGACAAGAGCUCCUACUUUGGCAGCUUAGUACAGGACUACAAGGUGUACAGCCUGGAGAUGAUGGCCCGCCAGGCAUCCAGCACCGAGAUGUUGCAGGAGAUCCGCACCAUGAUGACUCAGCUCAAGAGCUACCUGCUGCAGAGCACCGAACUCAAAGCCUUGGUGGAACCCACCCUGCACUCGGAGGAGGAACUCGAGGCCAUCGUGGAGUCAGCCUUGUACAAGUGUGUCUUGAAGCCCCUGAAGGAGGCCAUCAACUCCAGCCUGCUGGAGAUCCACACCCGGGACGGCUCACUGCAGCAGCUCAAGGAGAACCAGCUGGUGGUCCUGGCCACCACCACCACCGACCUGGGCGUGACCACCAGCGUGCCUGAGGUGGCUGUCAUGGAGAAGAUCCUGCAGAAGCUGACCAGCAUGCAUAAGGCCUAUUCACCAGGGAAGAAAAUCUCCAUCUUGCUGAAGACCUGCAAGCUCAUCUAUGACUCCAUGGCUCUUGGCAAUCCAGGGAAGCCCUACGGGGCCGACGACUUCCUGCCUGUGCUCAUGUACGUGCUGGCCCGCAGCAACCUCACUGAGAUGCUCCUCAACGUGGAGUACAUGAUGGAGCUCAUGGAUCCCGCCCUGCAGUUAGGAGAGGGUUCCUACUAUCUCACCACCACCUAUGGAGCCCUGGAGCACAUUAAAAACUAUGACAAGAUCACAGUGACAAGACAGCUGAGCGUGGAGGUGCAGGACUCCAUCCAUCGCUGGGAACGCAGGCGCACGCUCAACAAGGCCCGGGCCUCCCGCUCCUCUGUGCAGGACUUCAUCUGUGUGUCCUACCUGAAGCCCGAGCAGCAGUCACGGACACUGGCGUCACGGGCAGACACAGCAGCCCAGGCACUGUGUGCACAGUGCGCUGAGAAGUUUGAGGUGGCACAGCCCCAGGACUACCGGCUCUUCGUGCUGGUGGAUGGGCGCUGCUUCCAGCUGGCCGACGAUGCCCUGCCGCACCGCAUCAAGGGCUAUCUGCUCCGGAGUGAACCCAAGCGAGACUUCCACUUUGUGUACCGGCCCCAGGACAGUGGCAAGGAUGCCUCAAACCAGCCCUAUCUAGUGGUGCGGGAGCCCAACUUCCUAUAAGAGGACCCUCCGCUGAGCUAUGGUGGCAGGGUCUCCUGAGAGGAGGAUAGAGGGACUGGGACUGGGCUCUCGUUGGCCGCUCCUCUUGAUAACACAUCCCUCCCACAGGUGCCUGUGUCAGUCACACUGGUGUAACGCCCACUGAGCAUGCCUAAGCCAAUCAGGCAAGGUUAUAGCCUGAGGCACCAUGUUCUUCAUUGGAUAGUAAGGGAAAACAAGGCUCAGGUGGAAGGGGCUCUCUAGCCGGCUACAGCAAACAUGCCCAACCCUGCUCACAACUGGUUCCUCAGGCAGUUCCUUCUGCCUUCCCCUGGCCAGGUCCCACUUCCUACCCCCCAUCUUUAGUCUUUCCUGAGAAGAGCUCACUUCCUCCGGGACUGGCUAAUGAAGGGAUUCCUGGCCCCAGCUGCUUCCCGAGCCUCAGGAUGGAGCUGAGAUGGUCCACCACAACCCAAGAUCUCAGAGUAUGGUUAGGAAGAGACAGCCCUGCACCGCACCCCUGCCUCAGAACUUGCCUUCAGCUACCAGAGUGCCUAGUCUGCCAGGCUCCUGAGCUCCACUGGAAGCAGCCAAGCCAGUUUCAAUGACACAUGGACAAGUUCAACCAAUGCCAUGAGAUUGCGGGGGCGGGAGGGUCAUUGAAGACCUGUUCUGUGGUGGAAACACCACAGGGCAUCAGUGUUGGCCUGUUGACAAGAUGAACUUUGGGGGAGUGGAGGGUAAUAAAAGCCCUUUUGCAAAAGCUAA